AUGUCUGCCUCCGACUCCAGCGCUGCAGGAUUAWUCAACAAGGGUUCAGCCGAUUCCUACACUAGUCGACCUUCUGAUUCCGACCUGUCCCUGGAGGAAGACCGGGAGGCGUCUCGGCGUGAAGCCGAGCGCCAGGCUCAGCUGCAGCUGGAAAGAGCCAAGUCUAAACCAGUGGCAUUUGCAGUAAAAACCAACGUGAGUUAUUGUGGGGCACUUGAUGAGGAUUGUCCAGUCCAAGGGGCCGCCAUAAACUUUGAAACCAAAGACUUUCUGCACAUCAAAGAGAAAUACAACAAUGACUGGUGGAUCGGUCGGCUGGUGAAGGAAGGGGCGGACAUCACUUUCAUCCCCAGCCCAGUCAAACUGGAAGCUAUGAGGAUAAAACAGGAACAAAAAGCAGCUGCGAGGAAAGGAGGCAACGCGUCAUCGGGAGGCUGGAGGUCCACCCCUCCAUCUGCAGCCAAACAGAAGCAGAAACAGACCGAACACGUCCCUCCUUAUGACGUGGUUCCUUCCAUGCGGCCGGUGGUCCUGGUGGGCCCGUCUCUGAAAGGUUAUGAGGUGACAGACAUGAUGCAGAAAGCUUUGUUUGACUUCCUGAAGCACAGAUUUGACGGCAGGAUCACUAUUACACGGGUGACUGCUGAUCUAUCCUUGGCCAAGCGCUCCGUGCUGAACAAAAAGGCCAUAAUGGAGAGAUCCAACACUCGCUCCAGUCUGGCGGAGGUCCAGAGUGAGAUUGAGAGGAUCUUUGAGUUGGCCAAGUCCCUUCAGCUGGUCGUCCUGGAUGCAGAUACCAUCAACCACCCAGCACAGCUGCUCAAAACAUCCCUGGCUCCCAUCAUUGUCUACGUCAAAGUCUCCUCCCCCAAAGUUCUUCAGAGGCUGAUUAAAUCCAGAGGAAAGUCGCAGAGCAAACACCUUAAUGUCCAGAUGAUGGCCGGGGACAAGCUGGCUCAGUGUCCUCCUGAAAUGUUUGAUGUGAUCCUGGACGAGAAUCAACUGGAAGAAGCUUGCGACCACCUUGCAGAAUACCUGGAAAUAUACUGGCGAGCCACACAUCUCCCUUGUUCUGCCCCAAUUAACCCCCUACAGGACCAAAGCGUGGUCACACCACCUUCAGCUAACUCCAGCCAGCAGUUUUCAGAGACUCAAGAGCUSAUAGAGUGAUCGCAGCCACAGAUGUCGGAUCAGCCUGUGCUGUUAGCUGGAGGCAGACCAGCCCAGGUUUAUAGCACAGAGAUAAAAGGAGCCACCAGGGGGCAGCAGCAGUCUUCAUCUCUCCAAAAACAGACCCCCACCACCACCWUCUCCAGAGAUGAAGCAAAGGAAAAGAGCAGGAGCAGGAUCCUUAAGGAGGAAGAGAGAGAGAGCAAGGAGAAGAUGCAAAUACACAAAGAGGAGGAAGAUGAAGCUGCAGCAAACAGAAGAGCCUUUUGGCUCCCUGCUGCCCCCCCGGUGGGCACAGAACUGCCCGCUCUAAACACCAAGUGAUAACUCAGGGCCGCUUUCUGCAGCUGCACACGCUCUGGUUCCAGCAACCAGCCAGGCAGACACUGUUUACCACCUCCUCUCCACCCCUCCCCCCACCCUGAACCUUAAACACCCCCCAGACCCCUGCUUCCCCUCGGUGAUGAGCCAGCCUGAGUGUGUUCAGACCACAGCAGGUCCAAAACACACACACACACAGGCUGAUUCACACCUCACUGCAAACAAACCCUGYACACACACCUGUCCAUACCUGGGAGGCUGACGAGGCGAGGCAAAGCUGUCAGAGGUUUCUAGGAGGCGUAGAGAGGGUCAGAAAAUCAGUUCUGUACGUCUUCCAUGUCUGCAGCUGUAAGUGAACUGCCGUUCCAAAUGUUUAACCAAAUGAAAAGUACAAUCACUUCUGUCAGAGUCAUUCUGGUGAAACAAGAAAAAAAAAGCAGCACAAUGAAAUGACUAUUUCAUGUUUCUUUCCCACUUACAUCCACCGCUUCAGUUUGAAACAUCUUGAAUUGGUUUUUCCUUUCACCGUUUUGCUCAAACAGAACAAACCUAUCAUUCAUCUUAUUUAURUUCUCAGUWUAACUGAUUGCUUAUUUCUGUCAAYGGCUGCCGUUCAAAACCAUUUCRUGAGAAGCACAAACAGUCUGUAUCCACCUGAGUCACUGCUGGGAGUGGAAAUGAAACAUUCUGAGCUCAGGAAGGGGUCCAACACAAAUCAAGCACUGUAUUCCCAUUUUAUUUUAAAUUAAAGCUAAUUUAUGAUUCACUGUUUCCUCAAAAAGCAGCUGAUCAAUUACUGCCUAAAACACAUAGACAUUUUUUGCUAGAUUCUUUGCUUGGUAACAAUUCGAAAUAAAAUUUUGUGACAAAGUUUGAUUUGCACAGAAACAGAUCCUAAUCAAACCUGCUUCCUCCAGAUUCAGUCAUCAAAUGUUAAGGGUGUUUUAAAAACUCGUAAAACCAAAAACAGAUAACUUUUAGUUCUAACAUAAUGAAGCACUGUUGUAAAAUCAAGUUUGUGAUAUUUCUACAUGACCUCAUUAUAUUUUUACACUUUAGUUCUAAAACACAAACUGAUAAAAUGCACGUUCACGUGGUGGUUUUAGAGAAAAUAAUUCAAAAUGUCCAUCUGGCAGAUGGAGUUUAAUUAUUACAUUUAGGAGUUUUAAGAUGUGACACUAAAGCAGAGAUCAAUCAAACUCUGUUCCACAUGUUUGUAGAUAUUUAUUUGCGCAAGAACAAAAAUGAUUGGUGUUUAAGAAAAAAAAGUUGCUCAUUUUUAUUGAGCUACAAGAGUUUGAUCCAAUCAGCAGGUGCAUCUGAAAUGAUCAGUUUGCUUUAAAAAUAAAUAUAGAAUGUAUAUAAAAGACAGAAUCUAUCAAAAGAUGUUUGACUGACAACUGUCUGMGCUAUCAGGUUUGUUUUGCCUUACAAUAAUGCAUUUUUUUAUUCCAAGAAUUUAAACUUUUACUUUCACUUUUAGUAAAUUUUUACUUCUGGGUUAUGAUCUUGAUGGAGACAUUUCUUUUUGUCCAUAAAUGAGCUUUAAAACAAAAACAACAAAGGAUGACUUGAUCCUCAGAAGAGUCAUUUCAUUCCUCCUGAAUAGAUUCAAAAAUAAAACACCCACAGAAAUACCUGAACAUUAAGAUUAUUUUCCAUUCAAAAGUCAGUGGUCACCAGUAAUAGAUUUAUAUCAUAGAAAAUCAGAAACUAAUCUGGUUUUAUAGUGAAUAAAAUUAUAUAUUUUACUUAUUUGAGUCUUGGUGAAUAAGUUGGGCAGUUGUGAGUAAAACAUGAGAUUAUUUAAAACAAAUGUGUCCCCACGGCAUUUUAAUGUGCUUAAUAAAACCUUACAGUACUGAAUGUUAUGAGUUUAAAGAAAGAAUUAUACUUUUUUAUUUAAUUAUUGUUUCAAAGAAGUAUGGCUGUAAAAGCUUAUAAAGGCUGGACACAUGUGGUUUAAUUUGCCUUGCAUGUUGAACCGUGCUCACAACAAUGAAUGCAUCAGUAGGCACUGACACGUCCUUCAAAAGAUUUCAAGCUACUCAUGUAAAUAAUCUAACCAUAUAUGCAUGACAGAUAACCCCUCUUGCAUCAGAAGGGCUUUUUAGGAUCAUCCUCAUCUGAGUAAUCACUCAUCAACGUGACCUACAUAUGCAAAACCACCGCUCCCAGCUGUAAAUACUGUACAUGAAUAUUAUUUAAGGAAGAGUUGCACAGAAAGGCUGCGAAGUCUGASACGAUCCUAAAAGCAACAGCUCAGAAAGCAUGUAUAUUAUUUUUGUUUCUUUUUGAAAUGAUGCACUGCUCAUCCAGUCUCUUCCACUCAGUCCCCUCUGAAGGAUCAGGUCUGAGGUCCUGAUGAAGCACAAAGAGCAAAGAUCUGUUUCUGGAUAAAAACCUUCAGUCCUGAAUAUAUCAGCUGCUCUGUUGUUUGGUUUUUAUUACAGGACAUUCCUACAAAAACCAAAUUAAUCGUUUUACGUAUAAAGCACAAUUUUUUUAUCAUUACUAUUAGUUAUUGUGUUUCACUUGCCUAAAUUCUGGAUGCAAUACAAAGUAUAUUGAUAAGACACAAGCUGAGACUAUCAAACUGUACCCUCUGAGUAAACACUUUUGUUGUUUCUAUCUUUGCUUCUUGAUGCAAUAAAUGCACUGAAUUGAUGCUGUACUGACAGCAGCAACAUUUCUCCCAGUUUCUGAUGACUUUAACAACACAAAUGAAAUCCAACAGUGUCUGAUGAUGAUGAUGAUGAUGAUGAUGAUGAUGAUGAUGCUCAGCAUCAUGUAAACAAGGUGUGUCUUUGUCAACAGCACAUGAGAAGAGGGUAUAAAUAAAAAGUUUUAAAAA